UUUUCCUUUUUUUUUUUCUUUCUAAUUUUUUUUCCUUCACUUUCUCUUGUUUCUUGGUGAAACAAAACCCUAACUUCAUUCUCUAUCUCCUACAUAUACACACUAUAUCUAUUUCAAUCAGAAGAUGAUGCAGCAGCAGCAGCAGCAGCAUCAGAGGAUAAGACAACAACAAGCACUGAUGCAGCAAUCCCUCUAUCACCCAGGUCUCUUAGCCCAUCCCCAGAUAGAGCCUAUCUUGAGUGGAAAUUUACCUCCUGGUUUUGAUUCAGCUACAUGUCGCAGUGUGUAUGUGGGGAACAUCCACCCACAGGUCACAGAACCCCUACUUCAAGAAAUUUUUUCAAGCACUGGUGCUCUUGAAGGAUGCAAGCUCAUUAGAAAAGAGAAUUCAUCAUAUGGGUUUGUUGAUUACUUUGAUCGGCGUUUUGCUGCUCUUGCUAUUGUGACACUUAAUGGAAGGCAUCUGUUUGGGCAGCCUAUUAAAGUUAAUUGGGCAUACGCAAGUAGCCAGAGAGAAGAUACAUCAGGUCACUUUAACAUAUUUGUUGGUGACCUUAGUCCUGAAGUUACUGAUGCCACAUUGUUUUCUUGCUUCUCUGUGUACACGACAUGCUCUGAUGCAAGGGUUAUGUGGGAUCAGAAAACGGGGCGAUCCAGGGGAUUUGGAUUCGUUUCAUUUCGUAACCAACAGGAUGCCCAGACUGCAAUCAAUGAUUUGAAUGGAAAGUGGCUUGGAAGUAGGCAAAUUCGAUGCAACUGGGCAGCAAAAGGUGGUGGAUCGGAUGACAAACAGAGGUCAGAUACCAAAAGUGUUGUUGAGUUGACAAAUGGAACAUCAGAUGAUGGUCAAGAAAAGACCAAUGAAGAUGCUCCAGAAAAUAAUCCUCAGUACACAACUGUUUAUGUUGGCAAUCUGGCUCCAGAGGUUACGUCAGGUGAUCUCCAUUGUCAUUUCCACGCUCUUGGUGCUGGUGUUAUUGAAGAUGUCAGAAUUCAACGAGACAAAGGUUUUGGUUUCAUAAGAUACACUUCACACGCUGAAGCAGCUCGUGCUAUUCAAUUAGGAAACGCCCGAUAUCUCUAUGGCAAGCCACUUAAGUGUUCAUGGGGUAGCAAACCCACGCCACCAGGAAGCAGCUCCACUCCUCUGCCACCACCAAUGGUGGCCGGAAAUAUGAUGAACGUUACAUCAUAUGAAAGGCAAAUGACUAUUGGUAAAAUGGCGGGUCUGAUGCAGAUGGGUGGUGGUGCUAGCAAUGGUGCAGUGUAUGAUGGUGGUUACCCAGGAAUUGGUGCUACACAGGCCCCUAUGUAUUAUCAGUAAUAACACAAAGAUCAGAUAGGACGAUGCUCUGUUUUUUGUUUUUAUUGGUUUAAGAGAUUUUAUUAGAUUAAUGAUUGGGAUUCGUGUUUUUGCAUUUGUUGUAUAACCUCUGGAGGAUGUAUAUGGAUAAUGGAUGGAUACAUGUAACAUUAGUUUUGUGGGUUUUUCUUAUCUAAACAAUGGAAUUAGAUUUAGUUUCAGAAAUCCUCAACAUGGUGAUUGGUGAAUGGUGAUGUACCAAAUUUUUACAUAUAUUUGGUAAAUAUGAAUCGAAUGUUUGACUAAAUUGCAAAAAUUCCGGUAGCAAACAACACGUGAGGGCUUGUGGCAUUUGAAGGAGUCGAAGAUGCAUGUGAGCUACAGUGUUUCUCUCGUCUUUCAUCCAUCCCUAUUUGUCUGCUCCUACAUUCUGGGCUACAAAAAGCUUUCUCUCCCCUGUACAUGUAUAUGUCUCUGCCGUUGAGUCUUUUGUUGCAUAAAUGACAUGAACUCAGAAAUUCAGAAGGCGUACGCAUCUUCAUACCAUCGUCCCCAAACCUUGCAGGUGAUAUGUCAAAAAUGGAGGGUUGUUCUCUGAUUUCAAUGUGAGCUUUUGUAUACGAUUUGUCUGGUUUACGAAGAGUAGCUAUUGUAUUCUCUUCUUCCAAAUUACCCGCUUCAUAUCCCAUUGGGUUCCGGCAUCUGAAAUUGGACUUCUUGGCCGGAAUAUUUUCAAGGGCGGCAAGUAUACCAAGUCCGAUCCGACCCUGACCCAUAUCACACUUUAUUAUUCCUGUAGAUGACAGAACUUUGAACUCCAAAGGCGUCGUCGGAAUUGUGCUCACCUCCGGAUGUUUUCUCUUGUCAGUCAUGGCUGUAUUACAAGAAGCGAAAGACUCGAUUUGCAAAAUGUUUAUAGGGAGAGGUUGGGAAAAUCUACGAUGGUGACUGGUGGAGUUGGUGGGGUUAGCCCAUUGUAUUCGGCAUCGACUUUCAAAUUACUGAUGGCUUGAUUGGGAGUUC